GUAGCGGAGGAGCGAAGGGCAGAAGAGAGAGGGCGCGAGCCCCAUAAAACGGUUGGGUCAAGAGUGAGGGGAAUCGACAACCGCAGCCGAGCCGGAGGAGACGUCGGAGAAAUAACUAUGGCAGACCAAAACCAUAUUCUGAGAUCACCACAAACUGUGACUGAUGCAAAAACCCUCCCUGGUACUGAAGGGAAAAGCAUACCUGUUAGCAAAUCUGUGGAUUCUGUGAUACAGGCAGAUGAGAGUUACAGAAUGGACCAUCCAGAAAUGGGGAUGUGUGUUUUAGUCAACAAUAAAAACUUCCAUCCAGCUACUGGGAUGACAUAUCGAUCUGGUACAGAUGCAGAUGCUGCACGCAUCAUAGACACUUUCAAGACCUUGGGAUAUACUGUCAAGCCUUAUAACGAUCUUGCAUGUAAACAGAUUAUUGAUGUUUUGCAAAAUGUUGCCAAGGAUGAUCACAACAAGAGAAACAGUUUUGCUUGUGUCUUGUUAAGCCAUGGGGAGGAUGGACUGAUCUAUGGCACAGAUGGUCCUCUGGAGCUGAAAAUGUUAACGAGUCUCUUCAGAGGAGACAGAUGCAAGACCUUGGCAGGAAAACCAAAGCUCUUUUUUAUUCAGGCUUGUAGAGGAACAGACCUUGAUUCUGGUAUUGAAACAGACAGCAGCCCAGAUGAAAACAUGUGUCAGAAAAUACCUGUAGAAGCAGAUUUCCUUUAUGCAUAUUCUACUGCUCCUGGCUAUUAUUCUUGGAGGAACUCAUCAGACGGAUCCUGGUUUAUACAGUCACUGUGCAUGAUGCUGAAACAAUAUUCUAAAAAAUUUGAACUUCUGCAGAUCUUAACACGUGUAAAUCGCAAGGUUGCAGAAUUCAGUUCUUAUUCAAACCACCCAGGCUUCCAUGGAAAGAAGCAGAUCCCUUGUAUUGUGUCUAUGCUCACAAAAGAUUUUUACUUUUCUCAUUAAGGUUUCUACUUUUUGACCUGCAAGCUAGCAGUUGAGAGCUAGCAUUGACACCAUUUUAACUCUAAACUAGUGGUCCAUCUCUUGUGACUAAGGUGCAUUAAGAUCUAUAGAGAUAAACAUUUUCUUCACUAGGACAAAAUGCUAGUUCAGAAAUUCUGAUUUGGAAAUGAAUAUAUAUAUAGAUUUGUGGUAUUUCUCUGACCCCUUGAUUUAAAAAAGAAAAGAAAAGAUGAAAGUGCCAGAUCAAGUAACUUACUACUGCUAGAAUAAAUAUCAUAGUAGACUAUGAAGAGCAAUAAAGUAUGGCAUUUUCAAGAUAAUUUUGUUAAUUUUGGUAACACUGCUACAGUCAAAUCCUAAACCUAUUUACUUCAAAAUAAUCUGUCUUGAUAUCUAUUCAAGCUUUCCCUAAAUUAAUGUAGUUCGGAUUGGUGUCAUUACACAUCACUGUAGUUUUUCACAAUGGUGUGAGAUUAAACUAUUGGCUUUCCUAUACAAUUGUAUAUCAGAAUCAGUUCUGAGGUAAUUAUGGGUAGUAUCCAAUAGGCGUGGUGCACACAUGCCCAGCCCAGGUCACACCCCUUCCAGAAGCCAGCAUUUCUGCAUGUGUUGGUGCUUGUACCUGGAAGUGCUAUAUCAUGGCCACACAUGGACCUGGGCUGUUGGGCGCAUGUGGAACAGGGCCGGUGGGGCUGGCUGCACGUGCAUCAGCCCUAUUGGAUACAGUGUCUUAAGUUUGCUAUUAAAUAGAAAUGGCUAAAAAAAAUGCUUCCAAGGCUUGUCGGUGCAUUUUGGCCACUUUAGAAUAGGAUUUAUACUGUGGAUAUUUUUUUAAGUUAAGAAAAUCACCUCACAUCUUAAAUUUAAUAGAUGUCAAAGGCUGCUUGAAACUCUGUUCCAAAGUGGAUAUUAGACCUUUUAAUUCACAUUUCAGUUUAGAGUUUGGGAGAUGGGGGUUGUGCAUGUAGUAAUUUUGUGCAUGGCAUAUAAAUUUAACCCACUCCUGAACACACUUUGUGGUUGUUAGCUAGUAUCAAAUAUUUCUCUUUAUGUAGUCAGAGAGGCAUGUAAAAAUGUAUAUCCUGUUUUCUAAUUUUGAUCUUGCAUUUUUUAAAAAUACAUAAUCAUGUUCAAAAAUAGAGUAGCAGUAUAUAUGUUUUUAAAAAAUUUACCUGCGGAUUUGAUUAAAAGAUUCUUUAGUCACUUCUACCAUGCUGAGAAAAAGGUCUUUAGGAUAUGUGUUUUAAAAAUAAUGGCCUACAGUCUUCCACACACAUAGAAUCAUAGUUGAAGGCGGUCUUGUAGGCCAUCUAAUCCAACCCCUUCUUGGGUCAUGAAAUCCAGAAUUUAUUUUUCUUGCCCCUGACCAUCUUUUUGCCACUUCUGUCUGAGCCCUAUUCCAGUUUGUCUACAUCCUUCUUGAAGUGCAGCCCCCAGAACUGGAUACAGUACUCCCGAAGAGAUGUGGGAUAAAGUGGAACAUUCUCAUAAUCCACUAAGUAACCCGAUCAAAGAAAGAGAUAAAACUAAUCUGGCAAGAUUUAUUCUUGAGAAAUUCAUCAUGGCUCCUACUAUUCACUGUAUUAUCCAAAUGCUUACAAACUGACUCCUUUUCCUGGAUCUUCCUUAGGACACUUUCUUAAUUUCCAGUCCUGUGGCAUCUCACUCAUUCUCAGAGAGUAUAGAGCUGACAGAGGCUCUAAGAAUACACCAGCAAGUUCCUUUUUAGUAUCCUAGGAUGCAAUUCAUUUGACCCUCCAUAUCCAAGCCAUUUUCUGAAAUAGGAAGUUGUCAGCAAGACAUGUCAGGAAUUAAUUGAAGAGUCUAUUCUUAGUAGGGUUUGCCUCCCAAUAGAUAUCAGAGUAGUUUAAGUCUUCCAUUACUACCAGCUCUUGCUUCCUUAGAACAGCUGUAAUUUGUUCUUGGAAACCAUCAUCCACAUAUCCUUGCUACAAAAGUCUAUAGUAUCCCAACCAUAAUGUUUCUUUCUCCAUUUAUUUUUACUCAGAUGCUGUCCAUGGGGCUAACAUUUUACUCUUGGAUUUCUGUGCAAGUUUAUGCAUUAGCUACUCUUCCUCCCUUGCUUGCUAUCAACUUAGGUAGACUUGCUAUGUGCAACAUAAUGAAUGUCUUCAGGUACGAAUAGAAAUGUUUGUGAUUGUGGUGCUCUCAUCCCUGCCCCCUCCCCAAUUUGUGGUGCUUGUAAUGCUCUGAGAAAAUGAUGCAAGUUCUCUUGAGUACAGCUAAUGCUGAGUUGCGGCCUUUCACCUUGACCCAAGAUGAAGAUAAUACGCAGAACUAGGUUUGCAAAAACAUCAGUGGGUGUAGAUGGGAGAUGCAUCACUGAUGUGUACUUGGCAUUGCUGUCUAGUAAGGCAUAGUCAGAGAUUAUCAGUUCAAUGGUGUGUGAGGCUUUUGCUGCUGAAAGGCCUUAACUGGUUACAGGGGUUCUUAGACUCACUCUAGCCAUCCCCUCUUACCCUAUCAGUUGGCACCUUAAAACACAAGUGUGUGAUUGCAACUGGUAUAAUUUGUAUAUUUCUGAACUUAGGGUCAGCUAAAUAAAUCAGUUAGUGAUAUAGAAAACUCAAGCGUUGACUAGAUCAGGUGCUUGCAGACACAAAUCUUUUUAAAGAAGCUUACAACUUAUGCAAAGAGUGUUAUCAGAAAUGUGACCUACUAUUUCAAUCAAGAUUGUUCAGGAAUUUAACUUAUUAAAUAUUUGUGUUUGACUGUUAUCUUUCAUAUGGGAACCUAAUAAAUCAUGUGCAUUGCUUAAUUAGCUUAGUUGUAGACUUUUUCUAACUGUAGAAAUGUAGUGUUUGGUACUGAUACCAAACACUUCUCAGGCUUAUGUCUUUUUUGCUUAAUCUGUAAAUAAAUCAUAUCAGUCCACAUAGAGUACAAGUAGAGUUCAAGAUCACUUGCCAAAUACAGAAGAACUGUUAACGUACCAUUGCUGUUGGCUCACAGCAUAAUUAGCCAAGCACACCUCCUGCUGCUGCAAACUCCAUCCAUUUCAGGAAGUAAAUUUGAUCAUUCCUCUUUAAUUUAUGACUACCUAUAACUUAAUGUGGCAAAGGAGACACUGGCCCUAUCCAGAAGACACCUUAAAUAACGGUAGUUAAAGCUUUUUUUGUUAACAAAAAGCCUUAAUCACUGUGGUUUAAGGUGUCUUCUGAACAGGGGCACUGGGUGUGCCCAACACAAAAGAGUAUUUGGGUUUUCUGUAGCCUGGCAGUGUUUCAUGGAUGUCAGAACCAUAAAUUGACAUAAAAUUGCUGUUAUGUAUCUUUAAACUGUAAUGAAAUUUUGAACAUGCUUGACAUGGGAUUUCUUUUCUACAAAAAAAGAUGCAGUUUACUGAGUGAGUUGCCUCACAAAUGUAAAAAUAAUUUAAAAAUUCAAAAAUGCUGUUUCCUAAAGCAACUGGAAAAUGAAAAAGCAGUACAAUUUGUAUCAUUUCUAUUUUAGCUUAUUUUGUUGAAUGUGUGGCAUUUAAUGAGAGGAAGUGCCUAGAUAGAAAUGCUAUCUUGUUUUGGGGGAUAUAAUCAAAGGUUUUAGAUACCUGUAUAGCUAUAAUCACAGAAUGGAGUAUCUGAAAGCAUCUCUAUGCAAGAUGCAAUGCCUGGUGGUGAGAAGAUCUUAAACCAAUUUAAAAGACAAGAUAGACCAGAGGUGGACAAUUUGUGGCCUUCCAGAUGUUAUGGCCUUAACUCUUGCUUUAAGAUCACAUAGCCAAUGAAUGAUGAUGGGGGUUGUUUGUCAAAAGAUUUUGAGGGCCAGUUUCCCACCCCAACUAAACGUAGCCAAAGCUAGCAUUUUUUCUUCCAGGUAAGAAACCCAUCCUUUGAAUUCAGCUUGCUAGGCUAAAUAAGUCAGUACUGUUCUGAGUGAAGUCUUUUAGUAGUAUGAGCUAUAAUUUAUGACUAUAUCACUAAUAUCUCUUCUAAAAGCCAUACGCAAAAAUUACCAGAAUUUAUUUAACUACAGUUUGCCUGGAAAAAUUCCCAAAUUAAGAGAUUUUUUGUAUUUUAAUAUAUUGUACUUCCAUUUUGCAUUGACAUUGGCUAACUUAGUUUAAGUUAUAUUAAUGCAAAAGUAGAGCAUAUAAUUACAUAAUGCAAGCCAUGACCAAAAUGGUAAAAAGAACUGCAAUUACAUUUAUCUUGUAUGGAUCGGAUGUGCUAUUACAGCAGAGUUGUUUUCCCUCGUUUUAAAAUGCUGUACAAUCCUAUAAGUGCUGAAGAAUCCUAAAUCUCUUGGCUUUUGUCUUAAAUAAAAAGGAUGGCAAUGGU